AUGGAUCCAUCAUCACCAUCCUCGCGCUCCUCGCGCGACUCCCCCACCAAUAAUCCGCCUGGGUCUACCACCCUUGGUUAUCAUCCCAGCCCAGGCCGACAAGGAGCCCAGUCAGAGUCGGCAUCGCCCAAGAUGGCAGAUACACCCAUUCCUGACGAUGAGCAUGGUGCCGACCUCCCCAUGAACAUGACCGCGUCGGUCAUGCUGACGGGUCUACCCCGCGAUGCGCAUCAGGCACUCGCCGACGUAGAAGCUAUCGAUGCUGGUAAAGUGACUGUCCGCUUCCAGCCGCUACCAUCGGCCCCUAUUCUCAAGAACCGGGUCUUUAAGAUCAGCGCAUCACAAAAGUUCGAAACUGUUGUCAAGUUUCUCCGCAAAAAGCUGGACUGCAAAGAUACAGACUCGGUCUUUUGCUAUGUCAAUAGUGUGUUUGCGCCCGGCCUGGAUGAAGGUGUUGGUGGACUCUGGCGGUGCUUCAAAACAGAUGAUCAAUUGAUUGUCGCUUACUCGAUGACGCCGGCGUUCGGCUGA